UCAUUACGUAGAAUUUCGGACUUCAAAGCACACUUGGGUUCUUCAAAUCUAUAUAUGUUCUCCGAUUUGGAGUUUCAGACUUCAUAGCACAGAUAAACACUUGGGCUCUUCAAGGAGCUCCGGUCCGGUUAACCUGCAGCCGGUUCGGAUCCAUUCGGUCACCGGAUACGUAGCCAUAACCAGGUUCUGAAGUGAAAUUUGCUACUAAUUUUUUAGGUAAAAUGGUUUCCACAGCUACAGCUGGUCAGACAUGUCCAGGUCCAAUGAAAGCUACAUCAAAUGGAAUAUUUCAAGGAGAUAAUCCUCUUCAUUUUGCACUGCCUCUUGCCAUAGUGCAGUUAUGUCUGGUAGUUGUAGUUACAAGGGGUCUUGCGUUCCUCAUGAGGCCACUAAAGCAGCCACGUGUUAUUGCAGAGAUUUUUGGAGGGAUAUUACUUGGGCCAUCAGCCCUGGGACGAAACAAAAGCUACAUGCACGCUGUAUUCCCGUCACAGAGUCUAACCGUGUUAGACACUCUAGCAAACCUUGGUCUCCUAUUCUUUUUAUUUUUGGUGGGCCUAGAGUUAGAUCCUAAAUCUCUUCGUCAGACUGGAAAUAAAGCACUCGGCAUUGCUAUUGCAGGAAUCAGCCUUCCUUUUGCAUUAGGAAUUGGUUCCUCAUUUGUCCUCCGAGAAACGAUAUCUAAAGGUGUAAAUGCAACUUCAUUUCUUGUCUUCAUGGGCGUGGCCCUGUCCAUAACAGCCUUCCCUGUCUUAGCUCGAAUCCUAGCUGAGCUGAAACUUUUAACCACUGAUGUUGGUAGAAUAGCUAUGUCAGCUGCGGCAGUUAACGAUGUGGUUGCCUGGAUUCUACUUGCUCUUGCCAUUUCCCUCUCUGGCACUGACAAAUCUCCCCUUGUCCCAAUUUGGGUCUUCUUAUGUGGCUGCGGUUUCGUUGUUGGUGCAAUUCUUGUUUUCCCUCCAAUCUUCAAAUGGAUGGCCCAGAGGUGCCAUGAAGGUGAGCCAGUAGACGAGAUGUACAUUUGUGCUACAAUAGCUGCUGUUCUGGCUGCUGGAUUUGUUACUGAUGCUAUUGGAAUUCAUGCCAUGUUUGGUGCUUUUGUGAUCGGAGUUCUUGUUCCAAAGGCUGGGUCAUUUGCAGGCGCUCUUGUGGAAAAAGUAGAGGAUCUUGUAUCUGGUCUCUUCUUGCCGUUGUACUUCGUUUCAAGUGGAUUGAAGACCAAUAUAGCCACAAUUCAGGGGCUCCAAUCAUGGGGUCUUCUAGCUUUAGUUAUAUUCACUGCUUGUUUUGGGAAAAUAUUUGGCACUCUUGUGGUGUCGCUUCUUUGCAAAGUGCCUGUUCGUAAGGCUUUUGCACUGGGUUUCCUAAUGAACAGCAAAGGAUUGGUUGAACUCAUUGUUCUCAAUAUAGGUAAAGAUAGAAAGGUACUGAAUGACCAGACUUUUGCCAUAAUGGUUCUAAUGGCUCUGUUUACCACCUUCAUCACCACCCCUCUUGUCGUUGCCGUGUAUGGGCCAGCAAAAAGGUUAAGAAUGGAUGAAUACAAGAAUAGAACAAUUGAAAGGGAAAAUCCAAAUACCCAACUUAGGAUUUUGGCCUGUUACCACAGUGCAAGAAAUAUUCCAUCAAUGGUUAACCUCCUUGAGGCCUCAAGGGGGUCUGAGAGGCAUGAAGGACUUUGUGUGUAUUCAAUGCACCUCAUGGAGCUUUCUGAGAGGUCCUCAGCUAUAUUAAUGGUACACAAGGCAAGAAAAAAUGGGUUGCCCUUCUGGAAUAAGGGUCAGCGAUCAGAUUCUGACCAUUUUUUUGUGGUGUUCGAAGCUUACAGGCAACUGAGUCGUGUGUCUAUCCGGCCAAUGAGAGCAAUCUCAUCAAUUUCUGGCAUGCAUGAGGAUAUAUGCUCCACUGCUGAGAGGAAGAGAGCUGCAAUUAUAAUUAUUCCAUACCAUAAGCACCACAGGGUGGAUGGUUCUCUGGAAACUGCUCGAAAUGACUUCCGCGGUGUUAACCGUAAGGUUCUUGAGCAUGCACAAUGCUCGGUAGGAAUUUUAGUCGAUCGUGGGCUUGGUGGAACUACCCAUGUAGCAGCAAGUAAUGUUUCCCAUUUCAUUAUGGUCCUCUUCUUUGGCGGCUGUGAUGACCGUGAAGCCCUUGCUUAUGGGGCUCGCAUGGCUGAGCACCCUGGUAUAAGACUAAUGGUUGUUCGUUUCAUAGUGGAACCUGAAAGCAUGGGGGAGAUUGUUAGAGUAAAUAUGGAUGAGAGUUCUAGCACCAAAUUUGUGUCAGCAGAUGAGGAAUUCCUCUCUGAAUUCAAGCAGAAUAUGGUCAAGGAUGACACCAUCACAUACGAGGAGAGAGUAGUCAGAAAUGCUGCAGAUACAAUUGCUGUGCUCCGUGAGGUAAACCACUGCAAUCUGUUUUUGGUGGGUCGAAUGCCUGAAGGUGAAGUAGCCUUAGGUUUAAGCAGGAGGAGCGAAUGCCCAGAACUGGGGCCUGUAGGAAGUUUGUUGACUUCACCUGAGUUCUCAACAACAGCAUCAGUUUUGGUUGUCCAACAAUAUAAUAGUCGGGCAUCUUCAAAUUUGGUCCAAUGGAUGGAGGAAGAAUCACCUGAAAGACUCAGUACAUAGUUAAUUGAGGAAAUGGAAAUCCAGUUCAAGGAAUUGAAGGAAGUGCCAUGUGAAGAAAAAUUUCUUUUUCUGGUGUAAUAUGAUUGCUAUAUCUGCUGUACAAGAACCAUGCAUCAUCUUUCUUCUCAGAAACAUGUUGGCAUGCAUAAAAUAAGGUUCCUGUACCAUUUCCUUCACUUUUUUUUCUCUUC